UAUAGCAGUCCAAUUCACUCCUUCCUGCAUACCCACUCUGUCGCUCUUCUGCUUUUUAUAUCUUUGCUUUCUCUCCCUUCCAUCUUUCUUUCUUCCUCUCUUCAUCUUUCCAUCUCCCUCCCCUACACAUUUAUCCCACUUCCAUUUUUAACAUAAACCAGUUGAGUGCUCAUCAUCCAUAAACCUCCUGCAUCAACCGUCAUGUCCGCUCCGAGGGGACGUGGUAGAGGCGGCGGCCGUGGCUCAACCGUGGAUCUUCCCUUCCGUCAGUCGGGCCCACCCGGCGAUAAUCGCGGUCGAGGACGCGGCAGAGGUGAUUUUGGCGAUAGAGGCGGCCGUGGAAGAAGUGACUUUGGCGAUCGUGGAGGUCGGGGCAGAGGAAAUUUUGGUGAUCGUGGACGCGGGGGACGUGGGGGAGGCGGAGGCCGUGGUGGUCGCGGUGGCUUUGAUCAGGGUCCACGCAUCUAUUCUCCGGAAGGAGGGGUCGUUGCUCCAAGCGCCGAGGUCGAAAAGACUGAAAACGCCGUGGUCACUGCCUUGGCGGCUAAGAAGAGAGAGCCUGGCUUCCCCGAGCGCCCGGCCUACGGUACCCAGGGACAGGCGGUUACGCUGUUUGCCAAUUACCUGGACUUGAAGUCGGUGGGGAACCAGCUCUUCCGCUACAAUGUGAACAUCCUGGGCAACUCGGCCACCAAGAACCCCCCGGCGGGGAGGAAGGCCCGCCAGAUCAUUAGCCUGCUGCUGGAAGAGCAUUUCUCAGAACACCGCAGCCACAUCGUCACGGAUCACCGGUCUACCCUGGUGUCGAGCCUCAAAAUCCUCGACAGCGAGGACACCCCGCGUGACUAUGACGUGCGCUACAAGGACGAACACGACGACGACUACGCGGAAGAGCCGAGGGUUUACCGUGUUAAGGUCCAGUUUACUGGCAGACUCAGCCCGUCCGACUUGUUGAGCUACUUGACCUCGACCAAUGCGGGCGCCAUGUUCGAGUCUAAACAGGAAGUCAUACAGGCUAUGAACAUCCUCCUGGGCUACCAUGCCAAGACAAAUCCGGACGUGGGCUCCGUGGGCGCGAACAAGCAUUUUGCUCUCCGCGGGCCUGGCCGGGAGAAAUGGGACCUGGGUGCUGGGCUCGAAGUGUUUAGAGGAUACAUCGUGAGCGCUCGGGCUGCAACUUCGCGUCUACUGGUCAACGUCCAGGUCAAGUACGUCGCCUGUUACCAGGAAGGCCCGCUGGCAGCGGUCAUCGGCAGCUUCCAGCAAACGCGCUCGCGUGAUAUCAACGAGUUGAGGCGUUUCCUAAGCAAGCUCAGAGUCCGAGUGACGCACAUCCAGAGGAAGAACAGACGUGGAGAGAUCAUCCCACGGUUCAAGACCAUUGUAGGCCCGGCCACCAAAGCUGAUGGUUCCGGGUUGCCCAACCGCCCCAAGAUAGACCGUCACGGAGCCGGCCCCAGAGACGUCCAAUUCUUCCUGGAUGCACCCGGUCAGCCGUCCGCUCAGAAGGGUGGCAAGGGCAAAAAGGCUGCUAAGGCAGGCCCCGCACCAGCUGGGAAUUAUGUCUCCGUGGCGGACUUCUUUAGACAGCAAUACAACAUGAAUGUCGAUCUCAGAAUGCCCGUUGUCAACGUGGGGACACGGGAGAACCCUAGCUAUCUGCCCGUCGAAGCCUGCGAGGUUGUCGCCGGCCAGCCCGCCAAAACCAAGUUGACCCCCAAUCAGACCAGGGGCAUGCUGAACUUCGCGGUUCGCCCCCCGCCGCAGAAUGCCCAAUCCAUCGCGACCAACGGCACAGGUAUCCUAGGCCUUGGGGCUCCCCCCAGUCAGACCCUCCAGGAAUUCGGCGUCCAGCCAAACCCAAAGCUAAUCACCGUCCCCGGACGAGUGCUCCCGGUGCCCAACAUCUACUACAGGGACGAGAAGUCGGGCCAGAAGCAAGUCAGACCGAACUUUGGCAGCUGGAACAUGCGGUCGAUCCGAUUCUCCACGCCCAGCAAGAUGACCAGCUGGACCUAUCUCGUGGUCGACUUCGAGGGACGCCGGCCCUUCUUCGACAGCCCCGCGGCACUGGCUGAACCCCUGAAGAGAUUCACAGACAAGCUAAACGAAGUGGGCGUGAUCUCUGCGCCCUCCAAACCCGGAAUCCGCGUCGAGGUCAACGAAAUGAACUACGAAGCGGUCGUGGACAGCGCAAUCGCGAGACUUAUCGCCGGCCACCGCCCGCAGGUCAUCCUCACCAUCCUCCCCUCCGUGGACACCGGACUUUACAACUGCAUCAAGCAGACCUGCGACAUCAAGCACGGCGUGCGCAACGUCAACGUUCUGGGCGAUAAAUUCGCCAAGUGCGACGACCAGUACUUUGCCAACGUCGGCCUGAAAUUCAACCUCAAGCUCGGCGGCAACAACCAAGUCCUGCGCGCGUCCGACCUCGGCCUCAUCGGCGAGGGCAAGACCAUGCUCGUCGGCAUCGACGUGACGCACCCUUCUCCCGGCUCCUCCGACAACGCCCCUAGCGUCGCCGGCAUGGUCGCCUCCGUCGACGCCCUCCUCGGCCAGUGGCCCGCCGAAAUCCGCGUGCAGCGCGAGAAGCGCAACGAGAUGGUCGAGGACCUCAACGCGAUGCUCAAAGCGCACCUCCAUCGCUGGCAGCGGGGCCACAAGAACCAACUCCCCGAGAACAUCAUCGUAUACCGCGACGGCGUCUCCGAAGGCCAAUACGACACAGUCGUCGAAAAGGAACUGCCCCUCCUCAAAGCUGCCUGCAAAGAGACCUACCCAGCGACCGACACAGCCAAACAACUCCCCCGAAUCUCCAUCGUCGUGGUCGGCAAGCGCCACCACACGCGCUUCUACCCCACGAGCGACCCAACCGCCGACCGCUCCGGCAACCCCAGCAACGGCACCGUCGUCGACCGCGGCGUGACCGAAGCCCGCAACUGGGACUUUUUCCUGCAGGCGCACACAGCGCUGAAGGGCACCGCCCGGCCGGCCCACUACUACACCGUCUGGGACGAGAUCUUCCUGCGCCAGAAGCCCUCGCAUCCCAACCAGAACACGGCCGAUAUCCUAGAAGGCCUGACCCACCGGCUCUGCUACCUGUUCGGGCGUGCGACUAAAGCAGUCAGCAUCUGCCCGCCGGCCUACUACGCGGAUCUGGUCUGCACGCGCGCGAGAUGCUAUCUCAGCUCGGCGUUUGAUCCGACCCCGUCGGGGAGUAUUGUUACGGGGAGUGGGGGGGCGGAUAUGCUGGUUGAUGAUGCCAGUGUUAGGAUCCAUGCGAAUGUCAAGGAUACCAUGUUUUACAUUUGAGGAUUCUGACACUUGGCACACCGACCUGGCUCCCAAUUGGAGAAUGGCAAUUGGGUUGAAAGGGCAACCGAUGGAACACUGGAAAGACUCGUGGAUUACUGUUGCUUUGAUCCUGCUUUAUCUUGGUUGGGUUAGCUGGAUAAACGUUGGGUUCUGUCAUGCCCUGUCAUGUUUCUUUCUAUUUGCAAAUUGGAAUUGUUUAUCUUGUUUUUGCACGCGUUAUCACGGCCAAACUGGAAUGGAAUGGAAACGAGAAUGAAUAUGAUAUGUUAUUGAUCAGUUAGUUUGAAGACUCAUUGGCUAUGUAUCUAGUGUAUCUAGUCUAGUUAUUUACCUAGGUAGAUAGAUAGAUAGGAAGAUGGAUCUUAUCCCAAAAUGCAACAAAAUAC